AUGCAUCCCUGUAGUGUAUUCAAUGUGCUUCUCAUGAUGAAUUCGCUGACAGCGGCGACGGGCAUAUCGGUGAAGAAACAGUCGCCUCGUUCAAGCACGAUUCCAUCAUCUUUACCAGUCUCCUACAAACACGAUUCGGCUCUUUCGCCACAUCGACGGGUCCAAAGUCGCGAACCUGCCGGGGCGGAAUGUCUCUUUUCUCGAGCUUCGUGGAUGCGCCAUCGUUUGCUGCAUCACUCCAUAACACGACCGCAGCGUUGGCUCCGACGUAUUUUGGUAUUGGAAAAGAUCGACGAUAAGGUACAGGCCCCGUCUCACAAUGAAACGAAUGGAGAGAAUUCACUUAGUUUUCAAACUGUCUCAAAGGAUCUUUCGCUACCCUGGUGGGCAUACAAUCUCAAAGACGUAAAAGAAACCCAGCGACUUGCCAGCAUGAAACUCCUGUUACUAGCUGAUUUGGAAGCCAUUGAAAGUCGCACUGUCCAACUUCGCGGUCAAACAGUCAACGUUACGGAGGCUUUUCCUGAUGUAUACAGUGAUUUACGUAUGUUGCGUUUUUUACGGAAAGAAAAAGAUCAGGACCCCUUGUCUGCAGCUGAACACUACCGCACCUUUUUACAGUGGCGAGUAACCAAUCGCAUCGACGAACGUAUUCGAGUAUCCGUUGACCAGCGACCCUUUGAGCACUUGUCUGACGUUGUCGCGGAGCAUUUUCCUUGUCGAUUUCAUUUGGUGGAUGAUCUUCCCGAUCGAUCGAAACUGCUACCGAUUGUACUGCAUGUUGGUGACUGGAAGACAUCCGAGAUUUCCAAUGUGAUUUGUAGCAAGAAAGAGCUAUCCCUGGAAGAAUUCCUGGACCAUUGGAUUUAUCUUUUUGAAUCCUUGCAUCGGCAGUUGUAUAAAGAAAGCAUGAAACACGAAAGCAUGAUAUACGUGGAUGAGAUCUGCGAUCUAUCAGGGAUGAAUCGUCACCAAUUUUCUCCCAGCUUCGUCCGCAAAAUCAUGAAGCCUUGGUUGUCUUUGACUCAACAAUAUUAUCCGGAAACUACCAAGCAGAUCCAGCUGUUGAAGCCUCCCCGUCUUUUGUCUAUGGUGUGGAAUACCGUUGCUUGCAUGAUUUCCCCCGGUACGGUCGCUAAAGUCCAGCUUGUGUCCAAGUACGAUGGGACGGUGGACGACUUUGUCCGCGAGAUUUACUUCGACAAACCACACCAGAAAACCUGA